AUGCAAGUUAACGAUGCUUUGUCUGACAAAAACUAUGCGGAUUGGGUGCAAGAGAUGGAAAACUUCCUGUUUGCAAAAAAUAAGAUCGGGUUUAUUGAUGGUUCCAUCAAGAAACCGGAAACGACGUCGAAGGACUACAUGCCAUGGAAAAAAUACAUAAGAAGCAGCUUCAAAUACACAAGCACUGCAUCAGAAAUCUGGUCCGAUCUCAAAGAAAGGUUCAGGAAGGAGAGUGCACUGAGGGCUUACGAACUAAAGAACCAGAUUACUACAACCCAGCAGGAAGGUUCUAGUGUUUCUGUUUAUUACACAAAGCUUCGGGCUUUGUGGGAUGAAAUCCAAUCAGUAUUCCCUAUUCCACGGUGCACGUGCAAUGGAUGCAAAUGCGAAAUUGGUAAGCGACUCGUUGAACCUCAAGAAAAAGAGAAACUUUAUGAGUUUCUCAUGGGGCUCGAUAGUGAGUUCGCGGUAAUAAAAACGCAGAUUUUGGCUACAACAUCUACACCGGGCUUGAGAACGGCAUACCAUCUCGUCGCUGAGGAUGAAAGACAAAGAGCAAUCGGAGGAAAACGAACAUCUGUGGAAGCUGCCGCUUUCAAGGCUGAUAGCCAACCCACAAGCUAUUUAAAUUCCAUAGCCAUUGCAUUAGACGUUGGAGCAAUCGGGUCUUACGGUGCGGGUCAAAAGUGGUUCAAUUACAUCAAGUUGGGUCAAGAUAUCAACCCAGAUUGA